AUGAAGCUUCCAUCUCUUCUUACGCUUGGAGCCGCCCUUUUGCCCCUUGCCUCGGCUGAUGGAGCCCCCGGAGGCGCCCUCGGGGCCAAGCUGUGCCAGGCUGCGACCAUCAAGGUCUGGCAGCUGCCCAUCCCCGGCGACUGCACUAGAUUCGUCAAGUGCGAGUUGACAAAUGCCAGCGUUUUCACCGGGCUAUCUGAGAUCAUUUCAUGCACCGACGGCCAGUUCUUCAACCCUAUCAUUCAAACCUGCGACGACCCAGCCGCGUCGGGAAGACUGUUAGACGGAGGAGGUACAUAUAAAAAUUGA